GGCUCCGGUGGUCUCCCGGCCAUCGCCUCUUCCGUGCGGAGGAGGCCCAGGAGCGCUCGCACAGCAGCGGGCGGAGGGGCGCGGGCCGAGCCGGAGCGAGGCGGCGGGGAGGCGGUUUCCAGCCGGACGGUUUUGUAGUGAGGGACGGCGCCAUGGCGGCUGCCGCGGCCUGAGGGGAGCGCGGCGCCGGCCGGGGCGGGGGCCCGCCAUGUUCUCCAGGGCGUUCCGCGUGAGAUCCAACACCGCCAUCAAGGGGUCCGAUCGGAGAAAACUACGAACUGAUGUUGCAGCGGCUUUUCCUAACUUCAGUGCUGAACAAUUGACUGAGUUUAUUCCAAACAAGGAAGAGCUUAAUGUCAUCAAAAUAUACUCUCACAAAGGGGAGGCCAUCACUCUUUACAUGAAUAACAAGAACCCAAUACUGUUUGAAAUUGAGAAAGCUCUGUAUCCAACAGUGUAUGCUCUGUGGGUCUACCCAGAUCUUCUCCCUGUUUUUUCAACAUGGCCCCCUGUGCUCCAGAAGCUAGCAGGAGGAGCAGAUCUGAUGCUGCCAGGAGUUGCAGUGCCAUCUUCUGGCUUGCCUCAAGUGGAGCGGGGCACGCUCUGUGCUGUCACCCUCUUGGGAAACAGAGCUCCGGUAGCAGUUGCAGUUGCCACGAUGUCCACUGCAGAGAUGCUGGCUGCUGGAAUGAAAGGGAAGGGCUUUGCUGUGUUGCACACUUACACGGAUCACCUCUGGGAGUAUGGUGACAAAUCUUAUCCUCCCAUCUUAGCUCCCCUGGUAACAGAUCCUGCUGAAAUGGAGACUGCUGAGGAAGAGAUGGAGAGGAAAGAGCCUGUCAUCAGCUUCUCCACUGACCCGCUGCAGCAUGUGGAUGUUGGUGAUUUGAGCCUGAAGGAGCAAGACAGUUGUGCAGUACAGUCAGGAAAGGAGGAACUUGGUGAGAACAGAGCUGCAGAAGGAACUGUGGAUGCAAACACAGAGGUUCAACAGGAAGCUGAAGACAGUAGGACUCCACAAGAGCAAAUGGAUGCAUUAUUGAGUCAGUGCUUUUUUCAUGCCUUAAAAUGCAAAGUGAAGAAGUCGGAUCUCCCUCUGCUCACCAGCACAUUUCUACGCAGCCACAUGUUCUCAUGCUGCCCUGCUGGACAACAACUGGACAUAAAGAAAUCAAGCUAUAAGAAGUUCUCUAAAUUCCUGCAAUGUAUGCAGCACCAGAAGAUCUUACAAGUCAAGGAGCUGAACAAAGGUGUGGAGAGCAUUGUGGAAGUGGACUGGAAACAUCCAGACAUUAAAACAUUUGCAGUACCUGAAGGAUUUUCUUCAGCUUCUGCUGCCCAAGACAACAAGAAUGAAGACAGAGAACAAGUGUACCAUGCUCCUGAAAUCAUUCCACUUUAUGGGGUCUCAACAAAAAUGAUCCCACUCUUCCAGGAAUCUGGACACAGAAAAGGCAGCAUCCUCUCUAGCAGUGAGGUGAGAAACAUCAUCGUUAACUAUGUGAAGACUAAUGAGUUGGUUGAUGAAACAAACAAAAACUUUGUGAAGGUGAAUGCUGUUCUGUGCGACUGCCUGCUGGAGAAAUCAGAACAAGAUGAGAUCUCAAACCUGAAGUGGGAUGACCUCUUCAGCAGGUGCCUCGAUCGACUGCAGCCCUUACACCAGGUGACAUUUGUUGGACAAGAACCUAUUGUGAGGAAAGGAAACAUUGAGCCCAUCGACAUAACCGUAGCACAGAGAUCAUCAAAUAAAAAGGUGACAAUUAUCAAGAACCUUGAGCUGUAUGGCCUAGACCCACAGUGUGUGGCCAACACCCUGCAACAAAAAGUACAAGCCAGUGCCACCAUCACCCCACUACCAGGGACAAAAGACAGAGUUCAGGUACAGAUCCAAGGCAACCAAAUCCAUCACCUGGCCAAGAUGCUGCUAGAAGAAUACCAGCUCCCUCGGAGACACGUCCAAGGCCUCGAGAAGGCUCCGAAGCUCGGACGGAAGAAGUAGGAGAAAAAUCCGCUGUAAGAAUUACUCAGAUCGUGUUAUUUAUAAAAGUGUUCUGCCAACCAGUCAAAGAUCAUGUGAACACCCAGGGACUCAUUUCUGAGUGACUAGGGCCUGUAAAAGGUCUGUGAUUCACCCAGCUAAUGAUGUGGCUCUGGGUGUUCAUUUUUCAUAAAAAUAAAAAGCUGAGUGAAACUCCCA